UUGACGUUUGGCAGUUUUUGACAUUUCGUUUUAUUAAAAACAAAACAAGUUAGUGACUUUACUUGCAAAGUUAGUUGUCAAAUAGGUAUAAAUUAACAUUAAAAGUUGCUUAUCUGCAUCAUUUUUUCGUGUGGUAUUGUAAGAAAAGUACAAUGAGUGGUGGCAAACAUUUGGCUAAAGGAUCGCAAAAACCGCAAUUGCCGGAUGAUGGCGUAAUCCGCUUGUUCUCUAUGCGCUUUUGCCCAUAUGCUCAUAGGGCGCAUUUAGUCUUAGAUGCCAAAGGUAUUCCAUACCACACGAUUUUUAUAAAUCUUACCGAAAAACCUGAAUGGCUUACUGAAUUCAGCCCGUUGGGCAAAGUGCCGGCAGUAUUAUUACCGAAAGAGGAGGGCAGCCCAGCUUUAAUUGAGUCUCUCAUCAUUGCUGAAUACCUCGAUGAGAAGUACCCGGAAAAACGACUUUUCCCUAAAGACCCUCUAAAGAAAGCGCAAGACAAAAUACUCAUUGAGCGAUUCAACCCUGUAGUUAGCUCCAUGUAUAAAGUAUUUUUGGGCGGAAGUGAAGGGGCUCCUGGUGCACUAACUGACAUCUCAAAGGGAUUAGAUGUGUUCGAGAAAGAGCUGAGCUCCCGUGGAACACCCUACUUUGGCGGCGAAAAGCCAGGCAUGUUAGAUUAUAUGAUCUGGCCGUGGUGUGAACGUUCUGAAAUGUUGAAAUACUUACUACCGGAUAAAUAUGAAAUGGAUAAAGAUCGCUUUGGAAAGCUGAUUCAAUGGCGUGACCUGAUGAUAAACGAUCCUGCUGUCAAAGGAUUCUAUUUAGAUGGUGAAACACAUGCCAAGUUCAUGAAAGCCCGUCGUGAAAAUGUUCAUGACUACGAUAUGCUCGUGAGCGAUGCAAAGCGGCAAAAAACUUGUUGAGGAUUAAACGUUUUUUAAUUUGAUAUUGGAAUAUUUUGAAGUACACAAAUAUCAUUAAAUUCCAUUGAUUUUAAAUCAGUCGGGAAACGCAAUCACGCUUUACAUAUCCUUGUAAUUGUCUUUAAUCAUUCUGUAUACAUCACACAUACACACAUAUAUAUGUACAUAUUUUUGUACGUAUAUAUCUAACGCUUUUUCACUUUAAGAAAUCAAAUACAACACAUUUGUUUCGUAAUAAAU